AUGUCCCAGUUAAUUUUGGAAGAAAUGCCAAAAGCUGACUAUUCCAGUUUAUUCAAUGAUUUCGUUGAGUCUGAAUUUUUUCUGGUUGACGGGGACUCACUGCUUAUCACAUGCGUAUGUGACGAGCUGUUAAAGCCUGGGCAGAAUCUCCAUCUCUUCUACCUCGUCGAACGCUACCUUGUGGAUCUUAUCAGUAAAGGGGGACAGUUUUCCAUAGUUUUCUUCAAGGAUGCCGAGAAUGCGUAUUUCAACUCCCCUGAACUUCUUUCUUUGAGAACUGCUUUAAUUCUGCAUCUUCAAAAUAACACCACCAUUGAUGUUCACACUAAGUUUUCUGGAUGCUUAUCUAAAGAGUGGGAAAUGUUCUUGGAAGAGAGUUGCCCGUAUUUCCUGAUAGUGGCCGACGAAGGCCGGAACGAUCUACAAACACACCUUUUCAACUUUUUAAUCAUUCAGUCUUGGGCAAGGAAGGUCAACAUCGUGCUUUCCUCAGGGCAGGCAUCUGAUAUACUUCGACUUUAUGCCUACCUUCUUCCCAGCAUGCACAGUAACCAGAGGUUUUUCAAGGAGAAUACAAAGAAGAUUAAGGAUGCUUAUAAAACCCUGCUUAAACAAAUGCAAGAAUUUAGAGUUUCAGCAUUAACAUCUCUUUUUGGAAAUUUAAAAGAGAAAAAUAUGAUGGAAGAGGCACGUGAGGCGAUAGCUCUGCUUCAGCAAGUCUGGCCGGAAGGAUCCGACAUUCGACGUGUCCUUUGUGUUGCUUCGUGCUCAUUGUCGCUGAGAAUGUACCAUCGCUUCUUAGAAAACAGAAAGGCUUCCUCUGGUCAGAAAGCUAACACCAAACAGAUGAAAAGCAACGGCCUAACCCUGCAGGGGGUGGGAGAUCUGUGCAAGCUGCGCUGUCUCAGCGUGGCUCUCCUGCUCCACCUGCCUCUCUCCCAGAGAGCUUGUGCGAGAUUCGUCACCUGCCCUUGGAUUCAGGGCACGCAGACCCUGUUCAGCAUGGAAAAGUGGUGUGAAUAUUUCAUCCUAAAUAAUGUAAACAUUUUCGAAUUUUGGAAUCUGAAUUUAAUUUACCUUUCUGACUUAAGUGAUGAGGCUUUGUUGAAGAACAUUGCUUUUUACUAUGAAAAGGAAAAUGUACAAGGCCGACAUUUGAAUUUGGGAAAUGUCAUUAUGAAGGACUAUGAACAUCUUUGGAAUACUGUAUCAAAGCUGGUCAGAGAGUUUGAUGUCGGACAGCCAUUUCCUCUGAGAACAACAAAACUUAAUUUUCUUAGAACGAAUCGGUCACCAAUCAAAGACAGCUCCAAGGAAAAUAUGCCUAAUUUGGGUUUUAUUCCAAUGUCAUCUAAAGUGGUUGAUAAGUUUGCUGGAGACAUUUUGAAAGAUUUGCCUUUUCUAAAGAGCAAUAAUCCUAUUGUUACUUCAUUGGUUAAACAAAAGGAAUUUGACGAGCUUGUGCACUGGCAUUCUCACAAACCUCUUAGUGACGAUUACGACAGGUCCAGGUGUCAAUUUGAAGUAAAAUCUAGAGACCCUCGUGUUCUGAGAUCCGUGCAAAAGUAUCAUCUUUUUCAGCGAUUUUAUGGGAAUUCAUUGUUAGACUCAGUCUCUUCAAAAGUCAUUGUAACUCAAGCUGUUACGCCAAGGAAGGAUUUCAGCGAGCCCAAGAGCAAACAGGCACAUGAGACCAAGGCUGACAUAAUUACCAGAGAGAAUAAGAAGAGGUUAUUUGCCAAGCAAGAGCAAAAGGAAGAGCAAAAAUGGAACGCGCUGUCGUCUUCCAUUGCAGAGGAGAUGGAAGGGAAUUUAAACUCUGGAAUAAAGAACCUGGAAAAGUUUUUGCAAUCAUGCAAAAGUAACUCUGUGAAGUGCCAAGUGGAAAGGGUGGGGCUGAGCGCCUGCUUGAGAGCCUGGAAACAGCACUGCCGGGGCGAAGGUAAAAUCGCAAAAGAUUUAAGUAUAGCUGUUCAAAUGAUGAAAAGGAUCCACUCAUUAAUGGAAAAAUACCCGGAACUUUUGCAAGAAGCAGAUCGGCAGCUCAUAGCCAGAUGCCUGAAGUACUUAGGAUUUGAUGAGUUGGCAAAUUCUUUAUAUCCAACCCAGGACGCAGGAGAUGACAGAAAGGAGAAGAGAAAGAAUAAGUAUUCAGUUGGCAUUGGGCCAGUUCGGUUCCAACUGCAGCACAUGGGCCAUUAUUUGUUCCGAGAUGAGAGAAAAGACCCAGACCCCAGGGUCCAGGACUUUAUUCCUGACACGUGGCAGCGAGAGCUCCUCGAUGUCGUGGAUAACCAUGAGUCAGCAGUGAUUGUGGCCCCGACGUCUUCAGGCAAAACCUACGCGUCCUACUACUGCAUGGAGAAGGUGCUGAGGGAAAGUGACGACGGUGUGGUUGUCUACGUUGCACCCACAAAGGCUCUUGUCAAUCAAGUUGCAGCAACUGUUCAUAAUCGUUUUACCAAAAACCUGCCAAGUGGUACAGCUCUGUGUGGCGUCUUCACGAGGGAGUACCGCCAUGAUGCUUUAAACUGUCAGGUGCUCGUCACGGUCCCUGCCUGCUUUGAAAUCCUGCUGCUUGCUCCUCAUCGACAAAACUGGGUGAAGAGGAUCAGAUACGUUAUAUUCGAUGAGGUUCAUUGUCUUGGUGGAGAAAUUGGAGCAGAAAUCUGGGAGCAUCUUCUCGUCAUGAUCCGAUGUCCCUUCUUGGCUCUUUCGGCCACGAUCAGUAACCCCGAGCAUCUCACUGAGUGGCUACAAUCAGUAAAACGGUACUGGAAAGAAGAAGACAAGAUCAUGGAAAGGAAUGUUGCCGCUAAAAGCCGCGAGGGCCGCCACGCCAAUUUUCCCAAAGACCACUUGCAAGCAAAGCAAUCCUAUGAAGUUAGACUUGUGCUGUAUGGAGAGAGGUACAACGACCUGGAGAAGCAUGUGUGCGCGGUCGCAGACGGCCGCAUCCGUUUCGAUCAUUUCCACCCGUGCGCCGCGCUGACAGCAGACCACAUCGAGAGGUACGGAUUCCCUCCCGAUCUGGCUCUUUCUCCCCGGGAAAGCAUCGAGCUUUACGACGCCAUGCUGCAAGUCCGGAAAAGCUGGCCCCGCGCCCAGGAACUGUGUCCAGAGAACUUCAUUCAUUUUAACAAUAAAUUAGUCAUUAAGAAGAUGGAUGCUAGAAAAUAUGAAGAGAACUUAAAGGCAGAAUUAAAAAAUUGGAUUGAAAAUGGCAGCGUGGAAGAGGCCAAACUGGUGCUAAGGAAUCUUAGCCCUAAAUCAGAUUUUACUGCAGAAAACAUGUUAAGCAUGUUUCCACUUCUCGUUGAAAAGCUAAGGGAAAUGGACAAGUUACCGGCACUGUUUUUUUUAUUCAAGUUAGGAGCUGUAGAAGGCACAGCGAAAAGCGUGUACGGUUUCCUGAAGCAAAAGCAGGAGAUAGAAAGGCCUCCCAACGCUGAUAAAGAAGCCCAUGUCAUGGCUAGCAAACUCCGAAAAAUUAAAAAAUCCAUGGAGAAAAAAAAGAUAAUAGAAGGGAAAAAAAGCCAGAAAACCCCGAAAAAAAUGGAUCAAGACCUAGUACAGAAAGCUGAACACGAUAAUCUCCUGAGGAGUCUGCAGGAGAACCUGAAAGUCCCCGAGGACUGCACGUACGCCGACCGGAAAGCCCUGGCCGCCGAGACUUUACAGGUGGUGUUUGGCCGAGUAAACUUCGAAAGGAAAGGCAGAGAACUGAAAGCGUUGGCCAGAAGGGGUAUCGGAUACCAUCACAGCUCUAUGAGCUUCAAAGAAAAACAGUUAGUCGAAAUUCUCUUCAGGAAAGGAUUUAUUAGGGUGGUGACAGCUACUGGAACACUUGCUUUGGGGAUCAACAUGCCUUGUAAAUCUGUGGUGUUUGCUCAAAACUCAGUCUAUCUGGAUGCUUUAAACUAUAGACAGAUGUCUGGUCGCGCUGGGAGAAGAGGUCAAGACCUGCUAGGAGACGUAUACUUCUUUGAUAUUCCAUUCCCCAAAAUUGGAAAACUCAUAAAAUCCAACGUUCCUGAGCUGAGAGGACAGUUCCCUCUCAGCAUCACCCUGGUCCUGCGACUCAUGCUGCUGGCUUCCAAGGGAGAUGACCCAGGGGACGCCCAGGCAAAGACACAGGCUGUGUGGCCGGUUGGGCGUUGGGAGUCAGCCAGGACCACCAUGUCCAGGGCGAUAGGCGUUGUCCUGCGGUGGUUGUGGCUGCUGGCUAUGGGUCUAAGCAGGUCUGGCUCAAAACGUUUUUCUCAAGAUGUCAUGGAAAAGCUAACGCUGGUAUUGGCACAUCUUUUUGGAAGACGACAUCUUCCACCAAAGUUCCAAGAUGCUACUGUCAAGUUUUAUCAAUCGAAGGUGUUCCUUGAUGAUCUGCCUGAGGAUUUCGAUGAUGCUUUACAUGAAUAUAACAGGAAUAUUAGGAAGGACUUUGCCUGUUUCCUGCUCAUUGUUUCCAAAUUGGCUGAUACGAAACAGGAACAUCAACUCCCACUGUCAAAAAUCAACUUCGCAGGUGAAGAGUGUGCAGACUCCCAGCUUGCGUCCCACCUGAUGAGCUGCAAGAAGGGCAGAGUGGCCAUCUCGCCGUUCGUCUGUCUCUCUGGAAUCUCUGACGGUGACUUGCUUCAGCCGGAAACUCCAGACCACGUCAUUCUGCACACAAUUGGUGUUAAUGGAAUUCAGGCUCCCGUGCUGUGUGCAGAGAGGUUUGACGGCCGAGGAAGAAGAAUGCCACUGAACGCUUAUGCCCUGGAUUUCUACAAGCACGGCUCCUUGGUGGGGCUAGUCCAGGACAACAGGAUGAAUGAGGGAGACGCUUACAAUUUGCUGAAAGAUUUUGGACUCACCGUUAAAGCUAUCAGUGUUUCCUUGCGUGAACUAUGUGAAAACGAAGAUGACAACGUUGUCUUAGCCUUUGAACAACUGAGUGAAACCUUCUUUGAAAAAUUUAGGAAAAUAUAAAAAUGAAGUCUAUGCAAACCACUGAAAAUACUGCCACUGGAGUUUUAUAAGUCAUAUUUUUGAUUCUCAUGCUUUUUGCCAGAAAUAUAAAUGAUGAUGUGGAAAGAGCAUGUCUAACCGAUUUGCAG